AUGGAGGAGGUGGAGGCACCUAGGGAAUCCUGGUACCAGGAUUUCCAUGCAUUUGACCUCUCAGGAGCCACUCGAGUCCUUGAAUGGAUUGGUGACAAAGGAGUCUUUGUUGUUGGCUAUGAGAGCCUGAAAAAAAAUGAGGUUCUUCAUCUGAUACUACCUCUCAGACUGUCUGUAAAGGAAAACCAGGGCUUAUUCCCAGAAAGAGAUUUCAAAGUGCGCCAUGGAGGAUUUUCAGAUGGAUCUGUCUUUGAUCUAAAGUGUGUGCCAGAUACCAGGUCACUGGUGACCAGUGGCCUUGCAGGUUCACUGCGGGUGUGGCAGUUUGCAGAAAACAGUGAUGUCAUUAAGCCUGUCAGCACCAUUGCUGUGCAUGAAAAAGAGGGGAACUUCUGGCCUAGGGUGGCUGUCUUGUCCUCAGUGGCUCCUGGAGUCCUCCAUGGGGCACAGCUUAGUGACCUGAAGACUGUGGAUCUGGAAUCCCAGAAGGUCAUGUACAGCUCAGGCAUCAGUGACAGUGAGGAGCUGAGUAGCCUACAGGUCCUGGAUAUAGACAUCUUUGCUUUUUGCUGCACCUCUGGUCAUCUGGGGAUUGUUGAUAACCAGAAGUGGGCACCAUUGGAGAAUAUCAGCCCCAACCUUGGGUCUGGUGGAGAGAGAUGGCAUGCAGAAGUAAGCGGCAUGGGCCGAGGCCCAGGGUCCUGCAUUGCAAGCCUUGACUCAGAGGGGCAGCUCCGUCUCCUUGACACCCGGAAUCUCUGCCAUCCUAUGAGUUCGGUCCAGUGCCCAGUGUCCACACCUAGCCCCAACCCAGAGCUACUGCGAGUGUCAUGGGCCCCAGGCCUGGACAACUGCUUAGCCAUUUCAGGUUUUGAUGGGACAGUUCAGGUCUAUGAUGUCACAUCUUGGGGUGGAAUGGGGAUCCAGGUGGAACCUCUCUUCACUCACAGAGGUCACAUCUUCCUCAAUGAAAACAAGAUGGACGCUGCUCCACAGGUCACCACCCAUACCUGGCACCCCUGCAAACCCAGGACUUUGUUAUCAGCAGCAGGCGAUGCCUCCCUGCAUGUGUGGGAGUGGGUAGACCUUCGUGCUUCCUGCUGA